GCGCAAGAUUCCGGCCCACCGCCAACCACCCCGUCAUCCCCGCUGGCACCGCCACCAACCGGACCCGAGGCCGCCGCACCACACCGCCGUGUCGCGCGCCGCCUCCCCCCCCUCCCCCCCUCCUUAAACUAGGCGUCUCACACGCCGCGCCGCACUACACCGACCACCACUCGCUCCAUCGCUAGCAGCUGCGUGCUGCCACUCUCGCUCGCUCGCGCACCGGCACCAAGGCCGCACAAUGCAGGGCCUCCUGGCGGUCGCCCUCGCCGUCGCCUGCGCGGCGGCGGCCUCCGCGCCUUCCUCCUACGCGCAAGGCGCCGGGACGGCCGCGGGCUCCGGCGCCGGCGUGCCGUCGUGCGCGGCGAAGCUGGUGCCGUGCGCGGCGUACCUCAACUCCACGUCCGCGCCGCCGCCGGCCUGCUGCGCCCCGCUCAAGGAGGCCGCGGCCAACGAGACGGCCUGCGUGUGCGCCAUGCUCCUCAACAAGGCCGCGCGGCAGGCGUUCGGCGUCGCGCCCGAGCAGGGGCUGGGCCUCGCCAAGCGCUGUGGCGUCACCACCGACGCCUCCGUCUGCACCAAGUCCGCCACCACCGCCGCCGCCGGUGCAGCAGGUACAGCCACUGGCAGCGGCACUGCUGCUUCUUCAGCUUCCACCGGCGGUUCUGCUUCUACAGUGACCAAACCAACAGCCAAUGGAGGCAUGACGCUUCGCCUGAGCUUGACCGGCGCGUCGGCCCUGGUAGGCUUCAGUUUCAUCUGGUGCGCCAUCAUGGCCUGGUAGGAGAUCGAGCUGCUUGAAAUUUGGUCGGAGCAGUAUUUGAGUAUCUUGCCUGGUACUGGCAUUCUUUGGUGGAUCUGGACAUGCGUAAUGUUGUACUGCAUGUGCCUAUCAUCACAUCUGGUUAGUAUUUCGUUUUGCAUACCGUGCGAUACCAUCGAGUUCUGUGCAAACCAAAAGUAUUGAGGAGAAUGCAAACUGCGAAAAAUAUGUUUCAAAUUUUCGUUCUUUGAAGAGGAACUACGGCAGGCAAGAAGCCAGCUUGAACAAUUAUAUUAUA